AAAUUCAAAAAUAAUGAAAAAGAGAACCUUUUGUCUAAGCCAAAAAAAAAGCCUAGAACUAUUGAAAAAAAUGAGGAAAGUCUCACGAUAUAUAUUAACGAUGAAAAAAGCCCCACAACAUAUAUUAAUAAUGAG